AUGCAUCACGUGUUAAUUAUGAUCAUAUUAUUGUUACUUUUGGCACAGUUUAGGGAGGAGAGUGGGGUGGAGUUCCCGUAUUGGCCCAUCUUUGCACAGCACCGCAAUCUGCUCUUCGGGGAGCACGGCCGUGACCGUGCGCCCGCCAUCCGGAGACGGCAUCACCGUUAUCAGCCCUUUCCCAUAAAAAUUUCCCACACGGCAGCUGACGUGGACAGGGCUUUCACCCUUGUCGAACUCCACAUCGUACAUGGUCGACCCCUCAAAAUCAACACAUGUGAGGUGGGAAGUGUAGGUCCAAAAGUCCCCAUCCCCACCGAGUCCCGCCACAUGUCGCUGUGGGGACCAGAACAGAGCCGCCAGAGCAUCAAAAGGGGUGGCGUUGGGGCACCGGCUCCGGACUUGGGACAGGAGACUUUCGAUGGCGGGUGCCGAGAAUUUCAUUGUGAGUUUUGGGGAAUGACCGACAAUACUGACGUUUGUGGGUACAGUGGGCGAUUGAAUUUGGGGGAGAUGGUGAAAAAUGGGAGGGUUGGUGAAGGGUUGGGCGCUGUGGACCUCCGCCCACGACUUCAUCAGUGCCGCCGCGCUUGUUAUGUCCGCGUGCAUGUGGGGGACCAAAAGCUAGGGUCCCCGGGCAUGUUUUCCCACACCGUCAGAUCUCUCUCCUCGGAGGCGUCAGCAGAUCCGAGCCACUCGUCCAGUGGGCAACUCACGCUCGCUUGGACCAUCCUCACCCCAGCGUCGUUGCACUUGACCUGCCAUCUGCCGUCGGGCCCUUUGGUCAGCCGUCCAGUUACGACCGGGUACUCAUCCAGAGUGCGGGAUAGGGACACCCGGAGAUUGUCGAGGUCCGUCGGCAUUGGGCCGCGGCUGAAUGGGUUUGAACUGUAA